AUGCGACUACAAUGCGUCAAAGCGACCGCGAUCCAAUAUUGUUCUCCAUUAUCGGCUCUAUCAAAGAGCGACAAACAGGAUCAGUUGCAAGGGUUCGCUGAGGAGGAAAUCGGUCAGCUUCUCCCUUCUCAUCUGAGCGUAGGAGGCAAUGGAGGCUUGUUUUUCUUCAGUCCCUAUCUAAUCAUGCUCUCCGCACUUGCUGUUUGGAAUCGCCCAUCCUCUCUUUCUAGGUAUCACUGCUACGCAUGA